CUACCGAGGGAGAUAUACUGAGACUCCGUCUCAAAAAAACAAAAAAAAAAUUACGCUAUAAAAUUUUUACUUAAUGGAUAAAAUUCAGAAAACAAACAAUACCAAGUGAUAACAAGGAUGUGGCACAAUGGGAGCUUUCAUAUGCUGGUGACCAUGUAAAUUCACACAAUCAAUCUUUUUCCUUUGGUCCAACAGUUUUCUGUGAAUCUGGUCAAACUGAUAACAUCAUGAAUGUGGAAAAUCUUUUGCUAUUUCUUUACUAUUUGUAAUGCCUGUACGUGUUACUGGAUGUAUUUGUAUUUUGGAUUCUCAAUGGGUCUGGAAACGUGUCUUACUCAAAGAAUCCCUUUCUAAAAGUAUUAUUACACUACGUGGCGUUUUCCUAGAAUAAAGCCUCUAUUAAUAAAAGCAGAUCCCCUGUAUAGUCAACAUCUUUAGUGUCUACUAGCUGCACGGUUAUGUUCUCAUCAGUAACCACAAUCCCACCAGAGGGCGCUCAUUCCCUUUCUAUCUAGUCGCCUCCAACAGCGACUUAGAAAAAUCCAGGUUAAACCCUCAGAAAAAGGUUUUCAUAUUUAAUCCUCAAAAUUUUACGGAGAACUUACUGUGCCACCAGGUGCGGGUCUAGGUUUACAAGAAACAAUGUUGAGUUAAGCAAUACUACUAGACUCAGAGUAAACAACCGACUACUAUAAAGUGGGAUAAGUAAAGUGUUUCUAGGACCUUGGAGUCUGUGGUGGAAAAACCGGCUCCAAGGCUUAGAACCCAGCAACAAUUCAUUAAGAGAGCCCAGACAGCUUCCGCUCAGUAUCCGGGCAACGAUCUCCGCCCACCUGGUGGUGUGUCAGGGCCAGGGACCUCCCCUUAGGUGGCUCCAUUUGUCAGCUCCGCCAAAUCCCCAUCUCCGGCCUUUUUCAGAGUUUCCUGCAGUUCUUUGACAGUUCGUUUCUGCACUAGAUCAACACUACAGUUAGCUUCGAGGACAAGGAUAACUCACAACUAUCAGACAUAGCUGGCUCCACCCAUUCUUUUUCCGGUUUAAAAUCUGAGGGCUUUUCCUGUUCUGAAUUCCUAGAUUUCCUGUCUGAAUCUCGCGAGAGUUGUGGGGCUCGCGUGAAGUUCUCCCGAGUUUGAGCUCUGAUGACAGGCGGUCUUCAGCCACCCUCACAGAAUCUCUCUGGUCAGGGAUGACGUCUGCCUGGCUCCGGAGCCCCUGUGUGAAAGGGGUUGGAGGAGCUCCGGUGCGCUCCUGGACCGAAGGGUCCCGGGCUGCCUCCCGAACUUGGCUCUCCCGGGCACCAGUGCGCUCGCGGAGUCGAUCCUGCUGGGCAGUGCAGGGGCCGCUGCCCGAGCCCGGCCUCCUGGACCGAGCCUAACUAAAUGCCGCCCCCUACCAGCUUGACUGCUGCGCGGCUUCUGUAAGCCGCUAGAGGGAAGCCGGGGCGGGGCAUGGCCGACCCAGGCUGGGCUGGCGGGAGUCCAAGAAGGCUUUCCUCUCCUCCCUCAGCCCUGAGUGCCACGGUGGCGCUGGUGGCGAGCGAGAGACUGAAUGCUUACGGGACUGCCAGCUUCACAACCAUAACCUGUAAUCCUGACCGGGAGCGACGUCCUCCGGGGAGGCGCCGCUCCCGCCUCUUCUGCGGCCUGUGGUCGGCUCUAACCUCACUCGGCUCAUCCGAGGGUUGAAGCACCUGUGGGGGGUGGGGACGGAGGAAGGAGGGCAAAUAUAAGUGCCAGGUCUCUGGUCUUAUACUCGGUGGCGAAACUGGGUGGGCAAGCCUGCAAUCGCUCCGGGAAAACCGAUCCUGGAAUGCGGGAUGGAGAUGCGGGUUGGUUCUGUCCUCUAGGAGUGCCCAGACACCGACUUAAAAUGACUUGGCAACAGAGCCCCUACCGGCUGCCUACUAUGCAGCUGCUCCAGAGGAGAAGGAGACCCCAGGGACUGUAAAGUCAGAUAGGACAGAGCGUAACUGUUCAGCCAAUAGUUCGAGCUACCCAGCCGCCUCUCGACCCCUCCAUCUCUCCCAGCCUCGGUGUCCGGUUACGGCUCCUCUGCUCUCAUUGUGACUUUGGGCCAGACUAGGGGGAAAUGGCCCAGGAAGGUCCCGUGCGGCUGCAUAAAAUUGGCAGCCUCAGAACGAGGGGUAGGCGGGUGUGCGACGUUGAAGGGCGGAGAGAGAGGGCGGAGGCGCUGCUCUCUGAAUCCAAAUCCGUGGCCCCUCAGAAAUCCUCAGGCGGGAGCAGAGGUGGCUGGUGGGCCUAGUUGAUUCGUGCCCCUCUGCUUUCUUUCCACUGCCUCCUCUUUCGGACUGGAAUCACGGCUGCUACGAACGGCUCAGUUCUCGACUCUAGGGUGCCACGAACACGCUGAUGCCCCGAGUGCUCGCAGGGCUUCCAGCCUACCAUGCCGCAGUCCCCAGCAGCUGCUUUGGCACUGCUACUGCUGGUGGUGCAGACGCCGCCCCCGACCAGCGCAAGGCCGUCCCCAGGCCCGGAUUACCUGCGGCGUGGCUGGCUGCGGCUGCUAGCGGAGGGCGAAGGCUGCGCUCCCUGCCGGCCAGAAGAAUGCGCCGCGCCUCGCGGCUGCCUGGCAGGCUCGGUGCGCGACGCUUGCGGCUGCUGCUGGGAAUGUGCCAACCUCGAGGGCCAGCUCUGCGACCUGGACCCCAGCGCUCACUUCUACGGGCGCUGCGGCGAGCAGCUUGAGUGUAGGUUAGACGCAGGCAGCGACCUGAGCCGCGGAGAGGUGCCGGAGCCGCUGUGUGCCUGCCGCUCGCAGCGACCGCUCUGCGGGUCCGAUGGCCGCACCUACGCUCAGAUUUGCCGCUUGCAGGAGGCCGCCCGGGCUCAGCCCGACGCCAACCUCACUGAGGCGCACCCGGGGCCCUGCGAAUCCGAGCCCCAGAUUGUGUCACACCCAUACGACAUUUGGAAUGUGACAGGGCAAGACGUGAUCUUUGGCUGUGAGGUGUUUGCCUACCCCAUGGCCUCCAUUGAGUGGAGGAAGGAUGGCUUGGACAUCCAGCUGCCAGGGGAUGACCCCCACAUCUCUGUUCAGUUUAGGGGUGGACCCCAGAGGUUUGAGGUGACUGGCUGGCUGCAGAUCCAGGCUGUGCGUCCCAGUGAUGAGGGCACCUACCGCUGCCUUGCCCGAAAUGCCCUGGGUCAGGUGGAGGCACCUGCUAGCCUGACAGUGCUCACACCAGAUCAGCUGAACUCUACAGGCAUUCCCCAGCUGCGGUCACUAAACCUGGUUCCUGAAGAGGAGGCUGAAAGUGAAGAGAGCGAGGAUUACUACUAGGUCCACAGCUUUGGCCCAUUGGGGUGGGUGAGCAGACAUAGUGCUCAAUCCCUGCUCUUUAAAAGACCUGAAAAGGGGAAGCAGGGUCCCUUCAUGGAUUGCUUUAAUGCUCUUUGUAGGGGUGAUCAUGGUGGUUGGAGAGUCUACUUGCCUGUAGAAGGGGAUGGUAGGGGAGAGACAGUAGGAGAAGUGGUGUGCAAAGGGGCCCCUGUAGGAGCUGCCUUGGCCAGGAGUGUCUCCACCAUGGACUAGCCAGGAGGAAGACAAGAGCUACCUGCUGCUCCCCAGGCUGGGGUAGGGGCCAAGGCAGACACAAAGAGGCACAGGCCCUGGGAUCCUCCACUUCUUUCCAACAGCCCUUCCACCAUCCCUGCUUAGCCAGUCUCUUCUAACUGUGCUUCUCUCUGCAGGCCAUGGUUCCACUAUUUUCCUGGUCCCUCACCUUUAUGUAGCCUGUCUUGAGUUUGUCCUCUUUAAGUCUCGGUUGCACUUACUGACUGCAGUCCACUUUGCUGCUUUGCCAUCUUUUGUACAAGAGAGCAGAGUGGAACACUGUAUGGUUUUCCCCAGUAAGAGGGGCGGGGCUGGCCCCAUAUCUCAUACCACUCUAUUAGACAAAGCCUAGCAUGGACUAGGCACAGUGGACACCAAUAAAGGUUUGUAAAUGAUCUAA